GGUUCCCGGCGCGGUGCAGGCUGGGAUAGCAUCCGGGUCCUCCGCUGAGGCGAGCGGCGAGCGGCGGCCGCGGCCCGUUCCCUGCCGGUGUUUCUCUCCCAGGCGGCAGCCCCCUCUCUCCGGCCGGCGCCAUGGCGAUGCAAGCGGCCAAGCGAGCCAACAUCCGGCUGCCUCCAGAAGUCAAUCGGAUCCUCUAUAUUAGGAACCUGCCAUAUAAAAUCACAGCGGAGGAAAUGUAUGAUAUUUUUGGGAAGUACGGGCCUAUUCGACAAAUCAGAGUUGGAAACACUCCUGAAACUAGAGGAACAGCCUAUGUGGUCUAUGAAGACAUCUUUGAUGCCAAAAAUGCUUGUGAUCACCUGUCGGGAUUCAACGUGUGCAACAGAUACCUUGUUGUUUUGUACUAUAAUGCAAACCGGGCAUUCCAAAAGAUGGACACAAAGAAGAAAGAGGAACAGCUUAAGCUUCUCAAGGAAAAAUACGGAAUUAAUACAGACCCACCAAAAUAAACUGAUCUUUUUGGAAAACUGUUCUCAAGCUCUGCCGUCAAGUUCAACUGUUUUCAAGCUCUGCCGCUGAGUUCUUGAACUAAAUAUAGAAUUCUCAAUGAAUAUAACUUUUUUUUUUUAAAUUUGAUAAGCUGUCAUUUGAAUCUUCAGAUCUUCACAUUAGAAUUAAAUAAAUGUAGAACACCGGAAGAUCUGCUUUAAGAUUAAACCCCCCUAAAUGGACAUGGCUCCUUUGUGUUGCACAGGUGACCUGACAAAUGCUGCAUAACCACAGCCCUGUUUCUAGCAGGACCUUUCGAGCUGGGACUGAGCAGGUUGAGCGUUUCACGCCUCCCGAAGUUCUGCCCAGACUCCAGGGCUGAUUUUAAGCCUGGCAGCCAGUUACGCCAAAAAGCUCAAGGGCCUCUGCGUGAGCUGCCUGCGCAGAGGUAAACUUCCCUUGCCACUUCCUGAAAAUGGGAGUAUUGCAACUAGUCUCCCUGCCACAGGGAUUUUUGUGCUUUUUAAAAAAAGAAAUAAGUAUGGCUUAAUACUUCAUCACGCCUGUGUAUUGUACACAAAUUAUUGCGUCUUUCUCCUGCCAGGAAUGUUUGAAGGAGCCUAACUCCAUUACGUGAUCCUUAGGCUGCUUCUUACUAGAAACAAAGCAAGCCCAAAUCCAUGUUUGUAACAAAGUUUCUUUUACAAACUAUAGAAAAUGAACGGCCUUUUAAAAGAAUCCAACUGCUUAGGUGACUUCAGUCAAAAUAUCUCAAGUAAUUGAGACAAAACUGAUGAGCUGCAGUAAAACAAUCUUGCUGUAAUAGUGCAUUGCUGCAGGGCUGACUUAAUGGUGUAUGAGAUCUUGAUUACGUGUACCAGGUUUGCACUGAGGUUAGUAGGAGCGACAGGAAUACAAUUCACGCCUUUUAAGUAGAGAACACCCGACCAAAACAAGACAGUGGACGAUGGUGGUAAUUUUAGAUACCUGUAGCGCAGUUGUUUUCUACUUGGUGUGUUUGAACUGUAAUAUAUUUAAUGUACAUAAAUUUUAGAUGUAGUAUCUGGUGGAGGAAAAACA